AUGGUUCGUCGUGCAAAGAAGCUCAGGGAAGAAGCAGGAAUUCUACCAGACCUAAUAGGAAGGCCCCUGUCCGACGAAAUCAAAACGACAAUGAUAGACUUCUACAAUUCUGAUGACGUCUCUUACUCGCUUCCAUGCAAAAAGUACCUACUGCAGGGUCAUCAGAAGAGGAUCCUUCUUAUGAACUUGCGCGAAGCAUAUCGGCACUACGCCCCAAGUGAUAUUCAAAGCCAGAAACCGCGACUGAAAAAGACGGCAGUGCCUUCGGAGAACCUGCCACUGUUGUCCACCCACGACGCCACAAAAGAGAAGUUGAAAUCGGACCUUCAGCAACAGCGUCAUUUACGACUCCUUCAGAGGCAGAAGAGGCAGGAAUCCCAUCGACACAUGGAAGCAAUGGAACACACCUUGUGUGAAAGAGAGGAGAGACAGGAAGAAGAAAGGUCUGUCUACGAGGCUGAUGAUACAGACAUCAGAGCAGAGGAAGAGCAGGAUGCAACAGAAUUGUUGAAAAGCUUCACCAGGAAUGUGAGGUCCGUUAUAGGUAUCAGUAGCCUCCAGCUACUCGACUUCCUCUGCAAGGAAAUUGAGAGACACAUGCCAGUUUCGUCAAAGAGUGUUCUCAGUACAAAAGAGAAGGUGGUGCUCACAAUGCUUGUCAUGAAGCACACACUAACAUUCGACUUCUUGUCACACCUCUUUGGCUGCUCACGUACACCAUGCAGCUCAGUGAUUAAGACCACACUGAAAGCCCUGAGCACUGUCUUGAGGUGCACUAUUUUUUGGCCCACAAGAGCGGAAAUCCAAAACAACAUGCCAGUGUGCUUUCAGCAUUUCUCGCAGGUGCGAGUUAUACUGGAUUGUACAGAGGUUUCUGUUGCUGUUCCUAAGUGUCUCAAAUGUGCUGUAAGGACACAUUCUCACUAUAAGCAUGGGCACACAUUAAAAUACAUGGUGGGCAUCUCCCCAGGGUAUGGAGGACGAGCAUCCGACAAAGCGAUUUUUGAUCAAAGCGGGAUAGUAGACCUACUCACCCCAGGACGUGAUCAGGUGAUGGUCGACAAAGGCUUCCUCAUCGAUUCUACAUGUGCCAACAACUUCAUAACUGUGGUACGGCCUCCAUUCCUUCGGCAGAAAAAACAGUUCACAAAGCAGGAGGCGUUGCUGACGAAGAACAUAGCAGCCGCUAGGGUCCAUGUAGAAAGGGCCAUACAAAGAAUGAAAAUCUUCAAGGUCCUAAGCCACAGGCUUGCGUGGCACAUGGUACCACUGGCUGAUGAUACAGUUGUAAUUGCAGCAGCACUGACAAACUUGUCAGAACCUAUCCUGGCUGAUGAACGUUUCCUCUAG